GUGAUAACGUCGUUCAUGAGAUUCGAUGUUGGUCGAAGAGCUCGAUCACCUUAACUCCGUUGAUAUUACUAAGAGCGAAGAAACAUAAGUUCUGUUUCUUAUGGCAACGUCUUUACGCGUUUACGAAUGUUAAACAUUCUUUCCGUCGCACGACUUUACUAUCAGACCAACGAAGAAGGAAAAGGAGAAGAAGAAGAAUUAUAAGAAGAAGAAGAAGAAGAAGAAGAAGAAGGAGGAGGAGAAGGAGGAGGAGGAGAAGGAGGAGAGGAAGGAGAAGAAGAAGAAGAAAAAAAAAGGAGAAAGAAAAAGAAAAGGAAGAAGAAAAACAAAACCGCUUAAUAAUCAUAUUCUCGUGGACAGACACGACAGUAAAUUACGUUAAAUCUUCGUGCUGCAUUCUCGUUGCAUUCUAGUAAUGGCGGCAACGUUUCUGUCAACGUUUUCUGUCCUAAAGGAUCACGUAAAACUUAAAGUAGCCGAAGAUUCAGCAGCUAUUGAUAAUAUUGUUUUCAGAUUACACUACAGGGUCACAUUUUUGGCGUUGCUCGUCGGUAGUCUUUUGGUGUCUGCGAGACAAUAUAUCGGCGAACACAUAAGAUGCAUAGCCGAUUCAUCGAUAAAUCCACAUGUUAUAGAAACCUAUUGCUUCUUUACGUCGACUUUCACCGUGGUGAAGCAUAUGAAUGCAUCGUACGUGAAUGAAGGAGAAAUUCCACAUCCUGGAGUUGGACCAAUUGGGAAAAAUGAUGAGACUGUUCAUCAUGCGUAUUAUCAAUGGGUGCCUUUUGUUUUAUUUUUCCAAGCUCUUCUCUUUUAUUUACCACAUUACAUAUGGCGAAAGACAGAAGGUGGUCGUUUGAAGAAUUUAGUCUCGGGUUUACAUGUGGCUUGCUUGGGUUUGCAUGAAACGGCAAUGAAGGUCAAUGAUAAAUACCAAGUGCCAUCGAAAAACGAUGUUGACCAAAAGAUACAAAAAAUUCGAAAGGCAUUUAUCGAACGUAUUUACAUCAAUCGAACUUGGUCUUAUUAUCUCACUUUUUGUGAGAUAUUAAAUUUCAUUAAUGUUGUAACGCAAAUUUAUUUGACCAAUUGGUUCCUUGGUGGAGCCUUUAUGAGUCUUGGUAAAAUUAUUGGAGACAAAAGUUACAGUGGAAAAAUGGAGCCACUCGAUAUUGUCUUUCCCAAGGUAACAAAGUGUACAUUCCACAAAUAUGGUUCUUCGGGUACGAUACAAACUCACGAUGCUCUUUGCGUGAUGGCAUUGAAUAUCAUUAAUGAGAAGAUCUAUACAUUCCUGUGGUACUGGUUCAUUAUUCUAUCCUUCAUCACUUUGCUUGGGCUUAUUUGGAGAUUGAUAACGAUGAUAUUACAUGCUAGUGAGGCGUUUAACAAAAUUCUUUUCUCCAUGGCCUGUCCUGGGAAAUAUAAUCCUUGGAACGUAGUUAGAGUUACUCGGGAAUAUCAUUUUGGAGAUUGGCUCUUUUUGUAUUAUAUCGCCAAAAAUUUAGACAAUUAUGUGUUCAAAGAUCUCUUAGAAAGAUUAGCUCAGGAUCUCGAAAACAUAAAUCAAGGACAAUACUAUAAGACGACUUUCUUAGACGUCGAAGAGUAUCCGUUGCAGGAAAAAUCGAAGACUUUGGAUAUUGAGACUUCUUCAUAAUUAUUCGAUCGAAUCGAAGUAUGUAAAUGAUUUAAUUAUCGCUGGGAUGUGCUUAUAUAUUUAUAUUGAUAAGACAAUAUAUUUUUAAUUUCGAAAGUGCCAUACAUAUAUAUUGUUAUAAAGAAUGAUAUAUCGCGAAGAGACCAAAUAUUUUUAGUGAAAAUAUUAUAUAAAAGGGAAUUUUUCUCGACGACGUAGAAUAAUUUUGUUCAAGUAUUACACGUACGCAUUUGUUUUUUUUUUCUGUCGGAUAAAUAAAAAAUGAAAGAAAAAAGAAGAAAAAAAAGAAAAACAUGGGAAAGAUAUUAAACGGGAUGUGCAUGUUACGAAGAAACGUGUUCAUUUAGUGCCAGUUCUGAAAGUGGUGUUCUUAACACAAUGGCUUGCCUGUUGAGAGGGGUUGACGCAGCGAAAAACGGAACUUAAGAAUGCGAAUCGAAUGGGAAGAAAACAAAAGAGCCGAACCCUUUUCUAACAGCCAUCUAUGGUCCUUCGAGUUCCCUCUUUCGACUCUCGAAAUGAGCCCUUUUCUAUUUAUCACUUCCAUUGUACUUACGUACCAACGAAAGAAACGAUGGACCGAUUUUUAUGAGAACCAGUCGGCUUUGAGCUGCCUUCUUUUAAUCUUUUCUUCGUAGCUGGCUCGUAAAAUAAAAAAAGAAAAAAAAAAGAAAAAGAUAAAAGAAAUAAAAAAACAAAUGAAAAAGAACGUUCGUUUCGAUGAUUAGCAGAGUUGUCCUUGAAAUUAGACUUUCAACGAGUCCAUAUCGCUAAAUGAAAAAAAAAAA